GGACGAGGCACCGCCCCUUCCAGGCUAGGCGAGGACGGAGCGGAGCGGAGCGCAGAGAAGAGGGGUGGCUCCUUCGCCUUCGCCUGCGCCGCGUCCCGAGACGGCCUCCCCUAGUGGCUGCAGAGGGCGGGCGAGCACAGGAGCCCAGGAAAACUGCAGCUGCUCCUCCUGCAGCAGCUGGUGCUGCUGCCGCUCGGACUGCUUUCUCCACCCCUGGGUGUCAGGGCACCCAUCGGGAAAUGAGGCUGGUGCAAGGAUGCGCGGACGGAACCGGCGUGGGAAAGUCGCCCGGGAGCACCCGCUUGGCAUGCAGAAAUGCGAUCCCGGCGCAGGGAGGGCGAGACCGUGUCCUGGAGUUCCGCCGUCGCUCCGUGGGUUCUUCCUUGCGGAAUAGGAAUCUCCCCUGCGGGAGGAGGGAAAGCGAGCUACUUUCGCUUUCCGCGCGUGCCCCUGCUUCCAGCAUGCACGUGAGAAGGGGCCAGAAGCGAGCCCUGCAAUCUCCAGCCUGGGUGUUGCUGCUGUUUGGGUUCCUCGCCUCGUCGCCCUGCAGAGCCAGCCCAGGUAUGUGAACUUCCUUUUUUAAAUGAAAUUUGGGAGAUAGUUGUCUGGAGAUAAGGAGUUCUUGGCAAAGUAUGCCAGCCUUUAAGUAGUGUUUCUGUGCUGUCACCUGUGGAUUAAAACGAAACAAAUGAUUUUUUUAAAAAAAUCGCAUUGCACUCGUUAAUUGUAUUUGUGGAAUGCUCUACCCAGAGAGGCUCUAAGCGAAAACUUCCCUCUUCAACUUUUUAUGUGCGUUUGUAGAAGGUUUAGGUUAUUGUUUUGUUUUGUUCUUGCUUCUGUUCAGUGCCGGAUUUAAGUAUAAGCUAAACAAGCUAUAGCUUAGGGUGGGCCCCCCCAAAAAAAUUAAAGGGGAAAAAACCUGGAUGUACAUUUCCAAAAUAUAAGAUAAAAACAAAUAAAAUAAAUCCUACAUACAGCAACACUGUUUUGUGUUGUGUAGGCUCCUGUGAUGUAAGUGAUGGGCCCCACCUGCUAGCCUGCUCCCAAAAUAUCACUGGUUUGCUCAUUUCUAUAUAUAGAGAGCCUACAUUCUGCAUGGACUGGUUGCAUGGCAAAGGACAGCUGGGCAUAUAAAGGGCACCAUUACCUUCAAUAGCUUAGGGCCUCAUCAAACCUAAAUCUGGCCCUGCUUCUGUUAUGUAUUUUGUGAUUUUAUUUGUGCUUUCAUGUUGCAAACUGCCCUGAGAUCUACAGGUGAAGGGCGGUAUACAAACUUGAGAAAUAAUAAAAUAAUAAAUAUUUGGCUUGCCGAUGCCAGGAUGCCAAGGUAAAAUGAAAUCCGUUUUGUGAAUUACGGUUUUUAAAGUGCUGAAUUAUCAUUGUCUGUACUUGCCAGCAUUUCAUUCACCUCACUUUUUGAUUUGGGAGCAGUGCUUGCUCCGUGGGGCUGAUUAGUUUGGAAGGAGAAGCACUGGAGGUUUGGGGGGUCUUGAUGUUUGCCUUCUUUGGAGAUUCACAAGUGGACCCUUGUUGUCGUUUAGUCGUUUAGUCGUGUCCAACUCUUCAUGACCCCAUGGACCAGAGCACGCCAGGCACUCCUGUCUUCCACUGCCUCCCACAGUUCGGUCAAACUCAUGCUGGUAGCUUCGAGAACACUGUCCAGCCAUCUCGUCCUCUGUCAUCCCCUUCUCCUUGUGCCCUCCAUCUUUCCCAACAUCAGGGUCUUUUCCAGGGAGUCUUCUCUUCUCGUGAGGUGGCCAAAGUACUGGAGCCUCAGCUUCACGAUCUGUCCUAGUGAAUGCAAUAAGAGACUUUGGAUGCAGAUUCUCAAAAUGAGUAGGGCUGUCUUUGCGGUAGGGCCAACUCCUGUGGCAGAUACUGGGUUGGCAGCAGUGGCAGACCCACAGCUGCCCGAGGCUGGUUCAUUCGGGCAAAUGGGGCAAUGCCCCUGCCAACCUCGGCCAGCCAAUCAGCCAUCUCCUGCCUGCCUCGGGGCACUGUGGUCAGCAGGGAUGUCUUUAGCAGAUGUGGCACCGGGGUGCAGAUAUCCACGCAGCGUCCCCAAAUUAUUACGGAUAGUGUUGGGGAGGCCGUAGCUACGCACUGCCAGCCAUUCAGGGGGCCACAACUCUCCCCCAUGCCACUGCGGGAGAGUGAUCCCUGCAGAGCCUUGGGAGGGAAGCUGCGUGCCUGCCAGCCAUAUACAGUGGUACCUCAGGUUACAGAUGCUUCAGGUUACAGACUCUGCUAACUCAGAAAUAGUACCUCGGGUUAAGAACUUUGCUUCAGGAUGAGAACAGAAAUCGUGCAGUGGUGGCACAGCAGCAGUGGGAGGCCCCAUUAGCUAAAGUGGUGCUUCACAUUAAGAACAGUUUCAGGUUAAGAACGGACCUCCGGAACGAAUUAAGUUCUUAACCCGAGGUCCCACUGUAGUUGGUGGGGCGCAGCUGGCAGGGAAAGGGGAGGCCACCAGUAAAGCCGCGCUGCUCCCCCACUCGCUGGGGUGCCCCUGGGAGGCCAGCGCCCUGGCGCCACGCACCACUAAGCCCUGUGGGAAAGAUGGCUCUGGGGGUCAGCUUCCUCUUCUGUAGCCGCAAUGUUGCCUUCAUAGGACUCAAAGGAGGAUGUGGGGGAAACUGAAACUAGUUGGUUUCGCUUGUCAGUGGAUUUUCUCCAAACCAUAGAGGAACAGGAAAUCCUUUCCGGGUCCUUGUAUUUUUGAACUAAUCUAAAUGUAAGUUCAUGAAAUUUGGGGAAAAUAAAAAUUUAUAUUAAGAAGCCCCCCCCUCCCAAAAAAAGUCCAAAGUAGAGUUGGAAGGGACCCCAUGGGUCAUCUAGUCCAAUCCCCUGCAAUGCUGGAAUCUCAGCUAAAGCAUCCAUGACAGACGGCCACCCAACCUCUGCUUAAAAACCUUCAAAGAAAGGAGAGUCCACAACCUCCUGAGGGAAGACCGUUUCACUGUCAAACAGGUCUUACUGUCAGAACGUUCUUUCUGAUGUUUCGUCGGAUUCUCCUUUCUUGUAACUUGAAGCCACUGGUUCGAGUCCUACCCUCCAGAGCACGGGUGGCUUUUCAUGUGUGGUCUCUGGCUUCGAGGAAGCAUCAUGCAAAGGAGACUUAUCUAGAAUGCGGAGCGUGAUGUUGAGUAGAGAUGUGGGGGAGGGGGGAGAGAACCUGGGGAAAUUGGAGUGAUGGUGACGCAAUUUACCUAAAUAAAUAAAAUAUGGGUCUUUGUCAGAACAUAAGAAGGACCCUGCUGGAUCAGACCAAUGGCCCAUCUUGUCCAGCAUCCUGUUCUUCUCACAGUGGCCGGCUGGACGCCUGGGGAAACCUGCAAGUGGGACCUGAGCACAGGUUCGAAUCCCCACGACGGGGUGAGUUCCGGUUGCUCCGUCGUAGCUUCUGCCAACCUAGCAGUUUGAAAGCACACCAGUGCAAGUAGAUAAAUAGGUACCGCUCCAGCAGGAAGGUAAACAGCAUUUCCAUGCACUCUGGUUUCCAUCACGGUGUCCCAAUGUGCCAGAAGCGGUUUAGUCCUGCUGGUCACAUGAUCUGGAAAGCUUUCUGUGGACAAACGCCGGCUCCCUCGGUCUGAAAGCAAGAUGAGCGCCGCAACCCCAUAGUCAUCUUUGACUGGACUUAACCGUCCAGGGGUCCUUGACCUUUACCUACCCUCCAAUAAUUUGCCCAGUCCCCUUUUAAAGCCAUCUAAGUUCACAACCAUCGCUGCUCCCUGUGGGAACAAGUUUCGCGUCUUCAUUAUGUGGUGCGUGAAGUAUUUUUUUAAAUCGGUGCUGAAUCUUUCAGUAUUUGGCUUUGCUGGGUGUCCACGAGCUGCAGUGUUACAAAAGAGGGAGAAAAUGUCCCCCCCCAUCCCCUUUCCCCCAAGCUUAUCAACUUUUAUCAGGUCACAUCUUAGUCACCUUUUCUCUAAACAUAAAAAAAAGUUCCAAAGGCUGCAGCCCAUCCUCACAGGCGUAACGGUUCCUUACCUUCAUCCCUUUUGGUUGCCCUUUUCUGAACCUUUUCCCACUCUACAGUACCCUUUUGAGGUGAGCUGACCAGAAUUGUAUGCUAUACAAUAUUCCUAAAUAUGGCCACACGGUAAGAUUUCUGUAAUGGCUUUAGGAUACUGGCAGUUUUAUUUUCAUUUCCUUUCUUCAUGAUCCCUAGCAAGGAAUUUACCUUUUUCACAGGCACAGCAACAUCUCCAUCAAGAUGAACCCAAAGCCUUGUUCCUGUUAAUUUCCUGGCUGUUCAGACCCCAUGAGCAUAUAUGUAAAGUUGCGUAUUUUCGCUCUGACAUACCUCACUUUUAACUCUUGUUUACAACGAAUGGCAUUUGUUGUUUCCCCACCCAUUCACUCAGGAGGAGAGAGCCUUUUGGAGUUCUUCAGAAUUUCUUUCCGUUCUAACAACCCUGAGCAAGUUAGUACAGUGGUACCUCAGGUUAAGAACUUAAUUUGUUCUGGAGGUCCGUUCUUAACCUGAAACCGUUCUUAAGCUGAGGUACCACUUUAGGUAAUGGGGCCUCCUGCUGCCACUGUCGCACGAUUUCUGUUCUCAUCCUGAAGCAAAGUUCUUAACCCGAGGUACUAUUUCUGGGUUACCGGAGUCUGUAACCUGAAGCGUCUGUAACCCGAGGUACCACUGUAUUAUAAACAACAAACUUUGUGCCACAAGGAAAUGAUUAUAGUCUUUUUAAGGUUCCGCAAUACUGUCAGUCUUUUGAAAAGCAGCAUUCUCAAUGCUGGGUCGAGUUGACAACUUUUAAAGCGUAUUCUGCACCUGCCUAUCUAACAACAGUUUCAUGUGGUUAGCUGGUGCUAAAUGUUUUGCUCCGUGCCAAGGAGAUAUUUAACUUGGUGACAUUUGUAGAGAACAGAUAUUUUGGCAUCACAGACCACUGUUCAAUGGAAAGGAAUGGGCUGGUCUCUCUGUCAACUCAGCAAAGGGAGACAAGAUGAGCAUUAAUAUUCCAUCUUCAGAGGGGUUAUAGGAGGGGUUCUGUCUCAACUCCCGCACUUCUGCAAGUUGCACUAAAACAAAACCGUUAUUGCGGUUAAUGUGGCAGUAAAUGGUGGCAGGUACCAAAAACAGGUGUUCACACGGUUUGCAGAUAAACAAGGUCUAAAUAAACUUCACGCAGCACAUCUCUUUAACGCACGGAUGGAAGAAUUUUAAAUGUGCAAUAAUAGCCAGAUAACCUAUCACCUGUUUGCUAAUAGCCUGGAAUUUUCCCCCUCCAAACUUGUAGAAGCGUUGUUUAGAGUAUAGAAUGUUGACCAUUGUUUUGUUCAUUUCUAGGGAGUCUAGUUCUCUCCUUUUUUAGUUCUGUAAGUUUAAGGAGUUUUUUAGAUCCUGUUUGUUUGUAGCGUGAUGAGAGGACCGUGAUGUCUUGUUCUGUUUUGCUAACUUUUGAGGUUUGUUUUUUAAGAGAUUUUUUCUCUUUUAUGCAAGCUCCUCUAGUGACCACUUUCAUUGCAUCCCAUAGGAGGGGAGUUGUUAUAUUGUCUACAUUGUUUUCCUUGAAGUAGUUUUGGAGAGUUUUUGUGAGACUCUCUCUAAUUUGUUUAUUUGUGGUUAGGAUGGGACUGAAGGAGCAUGAUGGGGUGGUUUGCGUUCCCUCUCCUAUUUUAAGGGUAACUUCUACUGGGGCGUGAUCUGUGAUUUUAAUGCUACCGUAUUUUUUGCUCUAUAGGACGCACCCGGCCAUAGGACACACCUUGUUUUAGAGGGGGAGCACAAGAAAAAAAAUCUCCCCCUCUCUGUGCAGCGCCCCUUCAGUGAAGUGGCAGGAGAAACGGAGCCCCUUCUUGAAGGGGCGCUGCGCAGAGAGGGGGAGAUUUUUUUUUCUUGUUCUCCCCCUCUAAAACAAGGUGCAUUCUGUGCGUUCAAGGUGUGUUCACCCGAAGCCUCCGGAGCGCAGCGGGAGUUCCCGCUGGGCUCCGGAGGCUUCGGGUUCCUUUCGACCUGCUCUUUGGGGCUGGCGGGGGGAAGCGCUGCUUUCCCCCACCGCCACCCUCAAAUACCAGGUUGGGGAGCAGCGCAAAGACUCUCCUGGCUUCAGUGAAAGGAACCUGAAGCCUCCGGAAUGCAGCGGGAACUCGUGCUGCGCUCUGAAGGCUUCAGGCAGCUAUCCCUGAAGCCUGGAGACCCCUCUCGCUCUCCAGGCUUCAGCGAAAGCAACACGAAGCCUCCGGAGCGCAGAGGGAGCGCUCCCUUUGCGCUUUGGAGGCUUCACAUUGCUAUCGCUGAAGCCAAGGAGCCUUCAUUCGCUCCAUAGGACGCACACACAUUUCCCCUUAAUUUUUGGAGGGGGGAAAGUGCGUACUAUAGAGCGAAAAAUACGGUACCUUUCUUGCUUUAAAAACAUUUCCGUGCACACACGCAGUGCAUUAUCUCAUGGGAGCAAAUAUAUUCUUGUCCGUAGCCUUGCAACAAACAAAAGCUGUAAUUCUGCAUUUACCUGGUGGAACGGAGACGCGGUUGCCUCUGGAAAUAGGAAGGACAUACUGGGCUGUGUGUGUGUGUGGCUCUGUAUGGCAAAAAGGGCAUUGAUUUCAGCAAGUUAGGCAUCCUCAAAGCAGCAGAUUUGUCCACAGAAUUGUUUUGGGUGGUGAUACUGGGCCCCAAGAGUCAUUUAGUGCUAGGGGUGCUUCUGUUCAAAAUGCUCAGUGAGAUCUUGAGAAGAGGAAUGAAAUCAAGGAAGCUCCCAAAAGAGGAAAUGUUCCAAGUCAUGAGUGACACAAACUGGCUUCCUAUGUUUUCCAGUCAUGACAUGACAAAGAGGCAAAAUUUCUAGGUACCCUAAACAACUGUGCCCUAGAAUGGUUGGAAAAGGUGGCGACCCUGGAUUUAGUCUUCAGUGGCACCCAGGACCUGGUGCAAGAUGUAAGUGUUGUUGAGCCAGUUGGGAAAAGUUAUGGUAGCGUUAUUAAAUUAAAUAUACAUGUCAGUGGCCAAUUGCCAAGAACGCAGUCACAUUUGAUUUAAAAACAGGAAACGUCGCCAAAAGGAUGUGGUUGCAUUUCAGCUUCCUUAUUACCAGUCAGGAAGGUUAAAUCACUCUCAAAUGCUUGGGUAUUUUUUGUUUUUGUUUUUAAACCCAAUAUUAGAAGCUGAGGAGCCACCAAAUUCUAAUUGUAUUACAAUAAAAGAAGCAAUAAAAGACAGUUUAAAAAUGAUAUGAAGAUUUUAUGUGGACAUGCAUUGGACCACCUGGACGAAGCUCGUGGAUCACUGUUGGUCUGUGGACCACAGUACGGGAACCCCUGAUCUAGAUGAUAGGCAAUUUCCAUUGUUAGUCAUAUUCAGAAUAGAGCCAUUGCUUUAAGUCAGUUGGUUUCAGUGUGUUUUCUUGGAAUAAGAGUAAAAUUGGUGUCACCCGAAGGUGUUGACAAAUGGUUGCAGUCCAGUGUUUGCUAUGUUGGGGGCUUUUCAUAUCUGAUAUUUGCUGGGGAUUUCAGCGAGAAAAUACAGUUGCAGCACCGGUCUGUCUAGCAUGGAAUAUAGGAAUGCAGUAGCAGAGCAGGCAAGUAAAGCACUGUUGAAAAAUUUUGGUGCUCCUGUGCUUGUACAGUGGUGCCUCGCAAGACGAAAAGAAUCCGUUCCGCGAGUCUCUUCGUCUUGCGGGUUUUUUCGUCUUGCGAAGCAAGCCCUUUAGCGGAUUAGCGCUACAGUACAGUAUUAGCGGCUUAGCGGGCUUAGCGGAUCAGCUGAUAAGCGGCUUAGCGAUUAGCUGUUAAGCGGCUUAAGGAUCAGCUGAUAAGCGGCUUAACGAUCAGCUGAUAAGCGGCUUAGCGGCUUGGGAAAAAGGGGGGGGGAGGAAAAAAAACCCGCAGGAACUCGCAAGACAUUUUCGUCUUGCGAAGCAAGCACAUAGGAAAUUCGUUUUGCGAAGCACCUCCAAAACGGAAAACCCUUUCGUCUAGCGGGUUUUCCGUCUUGCGAGGCAUUCGUCUUGCGGGGCACCACUGUAAUUUAAAGCUUCCUGUUUUCAGGUCCUGUCUGUUGUACUGCUUGCUGUUGUUAGUGGCUGGUGUUAUUAUUAUUAUUAUUUAAAUUUAUACUCGAUGCUUCAAAGGAGCUCAGGGUGGCAAACACCAAGCAAUAAAAUAAUAAAACAUCUUUAAAAAAAUUCCCAUGUAGGUGCAGACUGGGCAAGAUCUCUACAUAAAAGGCUUGAUGGAAGAGGAAGGUCUUCCUUGAGCUCCAAAAAGACAGCAGAAGUGAUGUUUGUUUAGUGAUGCUAAACGGCCUCAGCCCAGAAUACCUGAAGGAGCGUCUCCACCCCCAUCAUUCAGCCCAGACCCUGAGGUCUAGCUCCGAGGGCCUUCUGGCGGUUCCCUCAUUGCAAAAAGUGAGAGUGGCUGGGGAAACCCAGCCAGAUGGUUGGGGUAUAAAUAAUAACAUCAUCACCAUCACCAUCAUUAAUGGGGAAUUUCAAUCCAAAUUCAUUCUUUCAUGGGGUGGGGAGGCUAUGCAGGCUUUCCUCUUAUCCCCCCCCCUUUUUCAAUAACAAUAUAAUGCUAUUUUGCUAUUAAAUAAAAAUGAAAAAAGAAUGCAAGGCAAUUGUUAAUCAAAGUUCUGCCUUCUUGGGAACAGAAGCUACCAUUGGAGCCAUUAGAGAAAGCUAUUCAAUGGGAUAAGCACGAGGGCUAUUCAUUAAUCCCGUAACCAUGAACAACCAGGAGAAAUAAAAUAGGCAGAACCUGCAAACAGGAAGCUUUUAAUUAACAGUGCACAGGAAGGUUGACAGAUAAGUGCUCAUGAGGCACUGGGACACCGCUGCUGCUGCUGCACCCUGGGUGUUGGGGAAGGCCGCUCCCUCCUGUAGGCCCACUCCACCAGACCUAGGGGGCGGGGCCCACACUCGCCACCACUACAGUUUUAAGGACACUGGUGUUGCUGCAGCAAAUGUUAAAAAUGUUUUUAUAUAUUUUAAAGUGUUUUAAAGGGGUUUUUACUUUUUACAGUGGUGCCUCGCAAGACGAAAAACUCGCAAGACGAAAGGGUUUUCCGUUUUUUGAGCUGCUUUGCAAGACGAUUUUCCCUAUGGGCUUGCUUCGCAAGACGGAAACGUCUUGCAAGUUUGUUUCCUUUUUCUGAACGCCGUUAAUACAGUUGCGACUUGACUUCGAGGAGCAACUCAUAGAAUGCGGUGUGGUAGCCUUUUUUGAGGUUUUUAAAGACUUUGGUGAUUUUUGAAGCUUUUCCAAAACUUUCCCGACACCGUGCUUCGCAAGACGAAAAAAAUCGCAAGAUGACAAAACUCGCGGAACGAAUUAAUUUCGUCUUGCGAGGCACCACUGUACUUUGUUGUACCACCGUGAACGGUGGUUUUUAUUGAUGUAUUUUUAUUUUGUUCUGUUUUAUUUUGGUUUGAGGUUGGAUAUUGAGUGGGGUGGAGAUUUGUUUUGUUUGGUACAAUUGUUUUUUGUUUGAUUUGUUUUUCUAUUUUGUAAAUGGAGGUUGGUUUGAGGCUUGGGAUUGCUACCGUAGUGGAGUGAGGGAGGUAUGGCGGUGGGGGCAGAUGUUAUAGGCGAAGGGGAUCGAGAUACGGAUAUGCUCGUACCCCUUCCAAUCUGCGCUCCAUCCCGAGGGACGAGGGUAGGGUGAGCAAGGAUUACUCACCUCCGUCACUGGUGUUGUGCAAUGCCAGGUCUAUAGGCAACAAAACCGCCACCCUGCGAGAUUUCUUCACCUCGCAGGGGGUCGACCUGGCUUGUGUGACGGAGACCUGGGUGCGCGAAGGGGAAACUGUUACCUUACGAGAGAUGGCGGCCCCGGGUUUCUCCAUCGUCCACCAGUCACGGACUGUGGGCCGGGGGGGAGGGGUGGCAUUGUUAAUCCAGGAAGAUUGUUCUUUCAGGGCUCUACCAUCGCCAUCGAUCCCCGGCAUUGAAUGUGUUGGCCUAGUGUGGGGCUCCGAGGUGAGCUUGGCUGUCUGGCUGGUGUACCGGCCACCUAGCGCACCAGCAGCCACCCUGUCAGGCCUCCUGGAGGCGGUGGCCGGCUGGGCCUUGGAGUUCCCUAACCUAUUGGUAUUGGGGGACUUCAACAUCCAUGCUGAUGCCACUCCCUCCUCACAGGCUCUGGACCUGAUGUCUUCCAUGGCGACACUAGGGCUCUCCCACUUUGUUUCGGGCCCCACACAUCAAGCAGGCCACACGCUGGAUUUGAUCUUUGGCAUCGGUAUAGAUGUGAUCAUGUCCCCUUUGAUGAAGGUGCCAAGGUCUGAUCACUACGCUCUGAAAGCCAGGAUUGAUUUUCCACCCCCACCCUGCUUAGGUGGCGAGCCAAUUUGGGCUCGCCCGCAGAGGCUGAUGAACCCUGAUAGAUUCCGUCAAGCCUUGCGGGACCUUGCUCCCUCUGGCGACUCAUUGACUGAGCCUGUUGAGGGCUGGAAUAUCCAGCUCCUAGCAGCCAUCAAUGAGAUCGCACCUAAGCGCCCUCUGCGACCCCGCAGAAACCGGGCUCCCUGGUUUACCGAGGAGCUCCGGAAAAUAAAGCGGGACCUCAGACGGCUAGAGCGAGUAUGGCGGGGUGCCCGUGACGGAGCCUCAAGAACAUCUUAUGGGGUUUUUAUGAAAACCUUCGAGAUGGCAGUGAAGGCCGCUAAGAAGUCCUACUUCUCGGCCUCCAUUGCCUCCGCUAGCUCUCGCCCGGCGCAAUUAUUUAGUAUAAUUAGGUCUUUAACGUCCCUUGAAGGACAGCCAAAUUUAAAUAACAAUUUGACACACAGCUGUGAGACAUUUGCGAGCUUUUUUGCGGAGAAGGUCCUGUUGCUCCGCCAUGACCUCCCUGCCAAUUUGGAUACAAUAAAGGAACUGGAGGCCCCUCAACUGCCCUCGGGUCCAGUAUUGGACCACUUUGACCGGAUAUCCCCAGCCGAUGUGGACAGACUCCUCCGAGCUGGAAAGCCCACCACCUGUCCUCUUGACCCGUGCCCGUCUUGGCUGAUUAGAGCGUGUCCAGACGAGGUGCGGGCCCCCCUGGGGGAUAUCAUCAAUUUGUCCCUUGGCACUGGGAUAUUCCCAGGGGAACUGAAGGAGGCAGUGGUGCAUUCGCUCUUAAAGAAAACAUCAUUAGAUCCCUUAGAUCUAUCCAAUUACCGCCCGGUUUCGAAUCUUCCAUUCCUGGGUAAGGUGAUUGAGAGAGCGGUUGCUGAAUAGCUUGGUAGGUUUCUGGAUGAAACAUCGGCUCUGGAUCCAUUCCAGUCCAGCUUCCGCGCUGGUCAUGGGACCGAGACGGCUCUGGUCGCCCUAACAGAUGAUCUCCGCAGGCAGCUGGAUCGAGGCGGGUCGGGGCUGCUGAGUCUUCUAGAUCUGUCAGCAGCCUUCGACAUGUUCGAUCACGAACUCCUGGACCACCGCCUUGCCGACAUGGGGAUCCAAGGCACAGUCCUUCAAUGGCUGUGCUCGUUUCUCUCUGGUCGGGGACAGAGGGUGGCGCUUGGGGGGGAAUUGUCAUCGCACCACUCCUUGGUGUGUGGAGUGCCUCAGGGUGUGAUUCUCUCCCCGAUGCUUUUUAACAUCUUUAUGCGCCCUCGCCCAGCUUGUCCGGAGUUUUGGGCUGGGUCGCCAUCAGUAUGCCGAUGACACCCAACUCUAUCUGUUGAUGGAUGGCCAUCCUGACUCGGCCCCAGACACACUUACCAGAUGUCUGGAAGCUGUGGCUGGAUGGUUACGUGGAAGCCGGUUGAAGUUAAAUCCUUCGAAGACAGAGGUCCUCUGGCCGGGACGGGGCGAUAUGGGAUUGAGGGGGCAACUCCCAUCUCUUGCGGGGGUGCAAUUAGUGCCAGCAUCAUUCGUUAAGAGUUUGGGUGUAAUCUUCGAUACCUCCCUCUCUAUGGAGGCACAGAUUACAGCUAUAACAAAGGCGGCAUUUUUCCAUCUCCGCCAAGCUAAGCAGUUGGCUCCUUAUCUCUCUCGCCCUGACCUAGCCACUGUGAUCCACGCGACGGUCACCUCCAGACUGGAUUAUUGUAACUCGCUCUACGUGGGGCUGCCCUUGAGACUGACCCAGAAACUCCAGCGGGUGCAGAAUGCCGCGGCGAGACUCCUUAUGGGGUCUUCGCUGCAAGAUCACAUUCAUCCGGUACUAUACCAGCUGCACUGGCUCCCGGUGGAGUACAGGAUCAGGUUUAAGGUGCUGGUUUUAACCUUUAAAGCCCUAUACGGCCUAGGACCCUCGUACCUACGGGACCGCCUCUCCUGGUAUGUCCCACAGAGAAAUUUACGGUCUGCAAAUAAAAACAUCCUGAAGGUCCCAGGCCACAGAGAGGUUAGGCUGGCCUCAACUAGAGCCAGAGCUUUUUCAGCUGCGGCUCCAAUCUGGUGGAACGCUCUGUCACAAGAGACCAGGGCCCUGCGGGACCUGACAUCUUUCUGCAGGGCCUGCAAGACAGAGCUGUUCCACCAGGCCUUUGGUCAGGGUGCAGCCUGACCCCCUCCUCUGGCAAUCUGCACAGAAUUUUGCUUAAUGGUUGCCAUCAAUUUGAUUUUAAUUAAUUUUAUAAUGAAUGUUUUUAGAAUGUUUGAUUAUUUUGAUUGUUGUUAGCCGCCCUGAGCCCAGCUUCGGCUGGGGAGGGCGGGAUAUAAAUAAAAUUUAUUAUUAUUAUUAUUAUUAUUAUUAUUUAUGAGCAAUGGCUAUGGAAGACUUGCCUUCUUGUGAUUAUACGUAAGAAAGAAAUGGUGACAGCCGGUGGGAGGCUUUUUAGGGUUGCAAGCAGCAGUGUGGUUUGGCCGAGCUGUGGAGCAACUUUACCAGCACAAGAGUGGCUGUGGCUGACUUGAAGAAGAAGAAGAAGAGUUUGGAUUUGAUAUCCCGCCUUUCACUCCCUUUAAGGAGUCUCAAAAUGGCUAACAAUCUCCUUUCCCUUCCUCCCCCACAACAAACACUCUGUGAGGUGAGUGGGGCUGAGAGACUUCAGAGAAGUGUAACUGGCCCAAGGUCACCCAGCAGUUGCAUGUGGAGGAGCGGGGAAGCGAACCCGGUUCCCCAGAUUACGAGACUACCGCUCUUAACCACUACACCACACUGACUUGGUGGGAGGUGUGUGUGUAGAGCAGGGCAGUGGCUGUGUGGACACAAUGGGAGGAGUGCAGUAUUUGCGUCUGCCCCUCCUCACCCUUGCCACCCACCUGCCCUGCCCAGAUUAGCUGCAGAGACGCAGGUGUUGGAGGGAUAGCUCUGUCCCACCUGCUGUGUCUGGCGGGGGGGCUUUCCUGGUCAUUCUCCUAAGUGGGACCCCCCUCCCCCGGGCUGUCUUGAGAGCCAGUGUGGUGUAGUGGUUAAGUGCGGUGGACUCGUAGUCUGGUGAACUGGGUUCGCGUCCCUGCUCCUCCACAUGCAGCUGCUGGGUGACCUUGGGCCAGUCACACUUCUCUGAAGUCUCUCAGCCUCACUCACCUCACAGAGUGUUUGUUGUGGGGGAGGAAGGGAAAGGAGAAUGUUAGCCGCUUGGAGACUCCUUCGGGUAGUGAUAAAGCGGGAUAUCAAAUCCAAACUCUCUCUCUUUUCCCCUGAUACGAUCACCAGCCGAAAUUCUCUCCUCAACUAUUAACAUUAAAGGUAGAGGAGCCCUGCCCCUCCGGAGCAAUUGGCCCCCUGAUUUCUUUCUUGUACAUCAAGCUGCUGUGAAGGGUGCAGGAGUGGGACAUAGCUGGUUCCUCUUGCCUAUUAUUCAUAGAAUCAGAAGAGUUGGAAGGGACCCUGGACAUCAUCUAGUCCAACCCCCUACAAUGCAGCUGUCCCAUACGGGGAUCGAACCCGCGGCCUUAGUAUCAUCAGCACCAUGCUCUAACCAACUGAGCCACCCAGCCUUUAUUUAUCUACUCUUCCCCCACCAGCCUCCCUUCCUCUCCCAGAAACACCCCAUGUCCUCCGCCUGCUUCAGACGGUGGUGUUCCACAAUGCCAGUGACACUGACAUCGAGGGCGCUACUUUUCUGGGAGACGUGGCGGUAGUUACGUUGGAUACCCGCACCUGGAAGUUCAAGUUCCUCCAGCCUUGGGGCGUAAGCGGCCUCACGCCUCAAGAGUGGGACCUUCUGCUGAAGAUUAUCAAAGGCUACUUCCUAGGCUUCGUACAAACCAUCAACAAAAUGGUCGUGUUUCUCAAAGGCAGCUGUAAGUAUCGCCACUGGUUCUGUUCUUCUAGGAGUGCUGUGUCUCCCUGGUGGAGAGAUGAUCUAAAUCAGGGGUAGGCAACCUAAGGCCCGGGGCCCGGAUGCGGCCCAAUCGCCUUCUAAAUCCAGCCUGCGGACAGUCCAGGAAUCAGCGUGUUUUUACAUGAGUAGAAUGUGUCCUUUUAUUUAAAAUGCAUCUCUGGGUUAUUUGCGGGGCAUAGGAAUUUGUUCAUAUUUUUUUAAAAAACAUAUAGUCCGGCCCCCCACAUGGUCUGAGGGACAGUGGACCGGCCCACGGCUGAAAAAGGUUGCUGACCCCUGAUCUAAAUGGCUUGGGCCCCUCAACCUCUACUGGGCUGUGUGUGACAAGAGAAUCCUCUGUUAUCUGAUUUUCCCCCAACCCCAUAUUUUCAGGUUUGGUCCUGCUCUCUCCGUGUACAGAGUUGCAUUGUGCGUAUGUCUAGGUCAGGGACUGGGCAGAACAGGAAUGGUGGAGACUACCUCCCCAACCUGACCCUUCCAGAGAAGAAGACAGUUCAGAAUUACAACAGGGGUUUGAGGGAGAUCACAGCUCAGAGGAAAAGUGGGAAAUAAUGGGAGAGGAGGAAGAGGAAGAAGCGCCAGGGGGGAGACAGCUGACGGACACAGUGUCUUUAGAAAACAUUCCAGAACCCGGCGAACCUUGAAAGUAGGAGAGCAAAGAGCUCAAAGGCAGAGGGCACUUCUCAGCGCUCGUAGCGAUGACUCACUCGGUACAACGCCAUUGCCCCAAGAGGCUGCAUUCCUAAGACUCUCUCUGUGAAUAUUGAAUAAAAAGCAGCUGGUAAGGCCUUUUCCUGUCUUAUCCGUUCCUGGCAACCUGCCAUGGGGGUUGGUUCCUCUGCCUCCUGACAGUGUAUCAUGGGCUCCUGGUCUUCUUGCAGGCUUUGGAACGCGGUGCCCUGAAGGCGCUUUGGACUACAACUCCCAUCAGCCUCAGGGAACACAGAUUUGCUUAAUUUUUUUUUAACCCAUCCAAGUUGGUGGUCAUCACUCCAUUUUGUGGGAGCAAACUCCAUAAUUGAAUAAUGCACUAUGUGGAAUUCAUGGGAAUGGGGGGGGGUAGAGAGGGCAAGGGGCUUGCAGGGUGACCCCAACCCCUGCAAAUGUGGGGGUUAAAUUCAUGGGAGUUGGGAGUGCAAUAACAUUGGGAGAGCUGAGAGCUCCCACCACCCCUGCCUUAGAGGCUCAACCAUUUCUGUACAUCUUUAGCAGCCAAUCUAAUAUACCCGUCUUUUGGGAGCAGGGAAUAAUUUGCGGUGGGAAGCCUCCAGAUCCUAAGCCGGAAGAUCUUUCAGCUGAUGUAUAAUAUCAGAAUAAGAAGCAAGGUUUUGUUCAUUUUACUUCAAAAUAUUUAUAUACCUCUGGAUUGGGGGCUUUGGGGGGGGGGAAACCAUUGUACAAUAAAAUAACAUAAAAAAUAAAAGCUGCAGAGAAAGGUCCUGUCUCUUUACCUUCUAAGGACUCCCCUCCCAUUUCUUUUAUACCCCCAAUAACUCAUUUCAACACCCAGAUCCUUUUGUUGUCCAGUCCUUGAUCUUUUGUGAGUCCACGUCCAACGGCACAACGAGGGGCUUCUACGACGCUGCCUUAGGAGGGGAAUCCAUUGUCACCUUCAGUGCAGACAACGGCAGCUGGGUUGCUCUGCAGGAGAAUGCGAUGGCUGACUAUGUUCAACAGACCCUGAACGGUGACAAGGGCACAGUUGCAACUCUACAGAUCCUUCUGCUGGGCCAGUGCAUCAGAGCUCACAACACCUUCCUUGAGACCGGAAAGGAGGCUGUGCAGAGGCAGGGUGAGAUUGGAAACUAGCAAUUUAUUUACUUCCUUUUUCUUUUUACUCCAAGCAACAAAGGGCAGCACACGUUCUCCCCCCAGAGAUAAAUGAGGAAAAACUCUUCCCAAUUGCACAGACUGGAAGCUUCCCGCUCUUGGGCUAAUAAUCCACUUUCAAGGGGCUCUGUGGUUUUGAGCAAGAACUCCUGCAAUUGGUCCUGCUGCUCAUGCAUAUUUGAUCUGAGUUAAACUUUGGCCCUUAGAUCAUGUCACAGCAGAAGGAUGUGUCAGAAGUGGGAUUUGAAUCCACACCCCCAUUCGGAGACCAGAACACCCAAGAGGUGGGAAAGAAUCAAUCUUGAGUCUGGUGCCUUAGACCACUCGGCCAUCCUGACAGGCAGGGACAUGGGUGGCAUGGUCUAAACUACUGAGCCUCUUGGGCUCGCCGAUCGGAAGGUCGGCAGUUCGAAUCCCCGCAAUGGAGUGAGCUCCCGUUGCUCUUUCCCAGCUCCUGCCAACCUAGCAGUUCAAAAGCAUGUCAAAGUGCAAGUAGAUAAAUAGGUACCACUGCGGCGGGAAUGUAAACAGUGUUUCUAUGUGCUCUGGCUUCCGUCAUGGUAUCCCGUUGGGCCAGAAGCGGUUUAGUCAUGCUGGCCACAUGACCCGGAAAGCUAUCUGUGGACAAACGCCGGAAAGCAAGAUGAGCGCCGCAACGCCACAGUCGCCUUUGACUGGACUUAACCGUCCAGGGGUCCUUGACAAGUGUGGGGAAACAUGUGGCUCUCCAGACGUUCCUGAACUACAUCUCCCACCACCACUUGCCAUUGUUAUGCUAGCUGGGGCUGAUGGGAAUUGUAGUCCAGCAAAACAGGUCCCAAGAUUCCCCACUCCUCUUCUGAAGCCUCUAAGCUAAUAGUCGGAACCUGUUUCUGUGAAAGAACAAUCCCUGCACCAUUCGCUAUGCUCUGCCUCUACAGUCCAAGGAAGUAAUGCUCUGACUUUGAAUCCCAGUUGCUGCAAGCCACAGGCCAGGCAGGUGGAAAGCACUAUUGUGCUCAAAUCCUGCUUUCGGGUUGCCCCACAGGCAUCUGUUGGCCACUGUGAGAACAGGAUACAGGGCUAAUCCAGCAGGCUGUUCUUGUUUGGAGAAACAGGAAGAGAGACUGCCACCUUACUUGUUCUUGACCACACACACACACAUACACACACACACCCCAGUUUGGUUUAAUAGGUAUUAAAUGUGUUGCACAUCCCACCUCAAAUGACCCCAAAUGUAACGACACAUAAAAAGCAUAACCUCCUACACAGCUGAGUCUACUUGCGACUCUUCUGUACACAAGACAGGGAGCUGACUGCAUGCAAGAGUCUCAAAUGGGUGCCGCAUAUUGGAGAUUCAUUCCCCGUGUCUGCAGUCAUGGGAUUGUUAUCUUUCACAUGACGGUGUAUGUUUUCAUUCCACAGUGUGGGAAGUGACGGAGACAGGAUGUUUGUGUUACUGUGUUCCGUGAAGUGGGACUAUUGCCCUUUGUUCUCUCUCUUUGCUGUCUGAUGCUAGAGAGAGAGGGAGCUAUGUUGCAGUGCUCUGUGUGUGUUUAUAUGUAAAUAAAGUAGAUCAGCCAAAAUGCUGAGUUGCUGAGGUCUGUUACGCAAGCUGCGAAGACUCUGAGGAUCCCUGAGUGUGCUGAUGUCUCCAAGGCAUCAGUCGCUGUGAUGUUCGGGCAGAAGAAAGCUUUUGAAGCUCCCGAACGAUCGGCCAGGAGGGAGAAAACAUGCCAAUCAGGCAUGUGUCUCUACCAGCGUCCUACUUGAGAGUAGGACAGCUCCUGACACCGCACACCCAGUGCUUGUGCAAAUCAUCUCAGAUUCUGGGAGGCUUGGGCCAGAGCAUGGCGUGAUAUGGCUUUGUAAGCUUAUGUAACUCAUGUUCUGAACUGUUCUGCUCUCUCAGUGUCGCCAGACUAUGGGGUCUUCGCCCACAAGACCCCGCCAGCCCCCGACUCUUUGCUGCUGGUUUGCCGAGUCACCGGAUUCUACCCACAACCCAUCAACGUCUCCUGGCUGCAGGAUGGGAAAGAGCUGCCCAGCUCAGACUUCAACUCCACCGAGAUACUGCCUAACCACGACCUCACUUACCAGAUCAGGAGUACUCUGGUUAUUAAGUCAGCGGAUGAGCGCAGUUACGCUUGCCGGGUGCAACACAUCAGCGUGGGGGUGAAAAUCAUCCCUUGGGGUAGGUACUUUGGGUACAGAAAAAUAUUGCACGUCUCUAUUAGGAAGAGGGUGGCACGCAUUAGCUACUGCUUUAUCUUUGAAUUCCAAGGGAUGGCAGCGAUAAUUCCCACACCACAUUGUUGUAAACAAAAAGUUGCCCUUUUCCCUUAUGGGGUAUCCAAGAGCCCAUAUAGAGUCCUUACAUAGGUUCCCUAUUGGUAGGAGAGAAUAACAGAGGCCAACCAGAGAAUAUUGAGAAGCAAAGCAGCUAGUAAGCCUGAUCUUUAUUAAAGCUGUUGCAACACGGUGCUCCCCUCACCCGCAGGAGAGAGGAGGAACCCAGAAAAAUGGCGCGCAAGGCCUUAUAAAGACUUUUGAAAUUGCCACCCUGUAGAUCAAGACCACCCCCAGAAACAGCAUACAUACAUCACAGAAGGAGUGUAACCUAAGACCACCCCUCAGAUACAUCAUACCUACAUCACAAAAAAGCCGGUCUAAAACAAAAAAUUUGAAUGUUGUUUUUCUCCUGUCGUUUAUCUCCUGUCUGGCAGGUUACUUGAUUGGAUUUCCUGGGGAGCCUGGCUAGUCUUUUGUAAUGAUAAAUACUUGGUUCCUGGGCCAGGUCACAGGCUCACACCCUAUUCAUAUCUUAAAUGUGCCCUUAAGACAGGAUUUGGGAGGAAAGAGACAAUGGGAGGUUUCCCACUUUGACCUUGCAGAGAAAACAUUUACUCAGUUUAGGAAUCAAAAUGGUUCCAGGUCGGUCUUCCUGUUCUGAUCUAUGUACGUGCUUGGUUGGUCCACUUAUGAACAUUACCAUAUAUCUAAGACCAUAAAAUUCCUAUCACAAUAUCCCCUUGCUGGUCUUUAUUCUGCUAAAAUUGUUUCUGGGGUUAGCUGGAACUUCACCACAAAUGAGAAGUUAUUUUGAAAGAAAAAGAAAAUUCCUAUCUUGCCUACUGAACCAACUUGUUUACUGAGCCAGCCUGCAAAGAUUACAGUAUCUCGAGCCUUUCAGUGGGCAGACAAUUGCAGAAACCUCGCCUUUUUUGUUGACUCUUGAACCUCGCCGGGACGAUUAUGAAAUACGAAGCGUUAUUUCUGCUGUUUGGUUACAUACCAUGAUUGGUUACUGCAUGCACUUCAUAGAUAUUUUCAGCUCUCCCCAGCAGCAACUUUAACCAAUCAAAGUGAAGGUUUCACCACAGUUGGGAUUUGUAGUUGGAGAGAGGAUUAGUACAUUUUUGUUGUUGUUGUUUAGUCGUUUAGUUGUGUCCGACUCUUUGUGACCCCAUGGAGCAGAGCACGCCAGGCACUCCUGUCUUCCACUGCCUCACGCAAUUUGGUCAGACUCAUGUUUGUAGCUUCGAGAACACUGUCCCAACAUCUCGUCUUCUGUCGUCCCCUUCUCCUUGUGCCCUCCAUCUUUCCCAACAUCAGGGUCUUUUCCAGGGAGUCUUCUCUUAUCAUGAGGUGGCCAAAUACUGGAGCCUCAGCUUCAGGAUCUGUCCUUCCAGUGAGCACUCAGGGCUGAUUUCCUUCAGAAUGGAGAGGUUUGAUCUUCUUGCAGUCCAUGGGACUCUCAAGAGUCUCCUCCAGCACCAGAAUUCAAAAGCAUCCAUUCUUCGGCGAUUAGCCAUCUUUAUGGUCCAGCUCUCACUUCCACACAUCACUACUGGGAAAACCAUGACUUUAACUAUACAUAUCAUUUAUUUACAUAUUUUAGUUCAUGCAAUGCAUGCACUGCUUGAUUGUAAACAAACAAAGAAACAAACCCCACCUCUCAAAGUGGUUUGCAAAAAACCGAAAACAAUUAUUACUAUUGUUACUAUUAUAAUUUACUUACAUCUCAUCUUUUCCCCAAACCAGGAUGUAAGGCGGCUUACACAAAUUAAAACAGAACAAAUAAAAUGCAGAAAGCUAAAAACAUAGAAAAGGUCAUCAUUAAAGGUUAAUUAAAUUCUAAAAUAUUUAAAGCAAUAUGAAAAACAGAUCUAUUAAAACACAAACAUUAAAAACAGUGCAGCACUAUUAAAAGUUCUUUCCUUAAAUAUCUGUUAAAUUACAAAGGCCUGUUGGAACAGAAAAUCAUUUUCCAAAUCAUUUUUAUUAAUUUUCCAAAUUAUUACAAAUCCAACCAAAUUACUUACAUUUAAUACAGUUUCUUGAAAUCAGGUUUCCCGCUCCAGUUGCAAACAUAUGUCGAUCAUUUCCUCCAAUAGCUGCAUCAUUUAUUUAGUGUCCAGUUGUCAUCUUUCACUCUCAGUUACAUCAUCAUUACAGCUGAAUUCUUGUCCCUCUUUACAAACAGCGCCUCUGUUACAUCUUAUAAGUAUAAAAUCCAUUUCAUGUGUGUAGUCCUUCAUGUACAAUGGUGUUUCAGACCUGGCGGGCUGGUGUGGAGGACUCCCUGGUCCUGAAUGGGGUAACUGUGCCUCUGAAGGACCAGGUGCUCAGCCUGGGAGUCAUUUUGGACUCACAGCUGUCCAUGGAGGCGCAGGUCAAUUCUGUGUCCAGGGCAGCUGUCUACCAGCUCCAUCUGGUAUGCCGGCUGAGACCCUACCUGCCUGCAGACUGUCUUGCCAGAGUGGUGCAUGCUCUGGUUAUCUCCCGUUUGGACUACUGCAAUGCGCUCUACGUGGGGCUACCUUUGAAGGUGACUCAGAAACUGCAAUUAAUCCAGAACGCGGCAGCUAGACUGGUGACUGGGAGUGGCUGCCGAGACCAUAUAACACCGGUCCUGAAAGAUCUUCAUUGGCUCCCAGUACGUUUCUGAGCACAAUUCAAAGUGUUGGUGUUGACCUUUAAAGCCCUAAAUGGCCUCGGUCCAGUAUACUUGAAGGAGAGUGUCCACCCCCAUCAUCCAGCCUGGACACUGAGGUUUUUAAUAUUUGGUUGGUAGUCGCCCAGAGUGGCUGGGGAAACCCAGCCAGAUGGGCGGGGUAUAAAUAAAUUAUUAUUAUUAUUAUUAUUAUUAUUAUUAUUAUUAUUAUAACUCCCAUUGUUCAGUUCAUUGCAGUGUUUAUCUGGAUGGUACAAGGUCAUUUUCCAUUCCUUCCGCUGUUCACCAACUAGAGUAUGCACUGCAGCCAUAAAUAACUCACAGAAUACCUGGCCAGUCUCCAAUAUUAAAAGUUCUUCCUCUGUACACAGUUAAGAAUAAAAUCUUUUCUCAAAUUUGGCCUCUUGCCAGAUCUAUUUGGCAGCCGUUUGUUCGUGUUGUUUUUCAUUCAUUUUCCAAUCAGGCUUGAGCAGCACAGUGGGAUGCAGUGAACUCCCCAGACCCCACUGGGGAACAUUGCCAGGAUGUGCCCUCAUAAAUCCGGGUUUCCCCCUGCCUGAACCUCCUCGCCGCCUGUGGGGGGCAACGCCAUUGACUUGUGACGCAAGCUGGAGACCUGGAACAAGAAAGUCUUCACCUGCUGGUGGAAGGAUAGCAAAGAGACAGCUUUGGGGAGGGACUUAGGGAGGGACUUCCAAAGUCUGGGAGCUUCUGCCGAGAAGGCCCUCUCCCGUGUCCCCACCAAAUGUGGCCCUGGGGUGGCGGGCCUUAGAGAAGGGCCUCCCCCAGAGAUCGCAGAAGCUAAGCAAGUUCAUAUGGAAGAAUAAGGUCUUUCAGCCCUGGUUCAACAGUUUGGUUGCAGCUUGAUGGACCAGUUGGAAGUUUGGGGGCACUUUUCAAGGGACAGUAAUCCAGACAGGAUGUAAGUAAGCAGAGGUCAAAGCUACAUCCACCAGACCUGUGUCAACGAUAGCAUCCCAAGUGGUUUUCUCAGCAAAGUGCAGAACAAAUUGUCCACAGCAGGCCGCCGAGUGGUCUGAAUUCUCCACAUGUGGGCCAGCGUGCAGAAGACCCCUGACUACUCAAAACAGCCUUGCUGAACAGCUCCUCACACUGACACUCUGUAGGAGAGAAAAAGUAUUUUUGUUUGUUUCCCUCACUGCCACAGAGUAGGUAUUCAACACUAGACUGUGUUCAGUUAGACUCAGCUUGGUUGUAGGGUGGAAACAUCUUAGUGACUUGUUGUGGGUCUCAUCUCUCUCUCUAAUCCUGUCGCCUUUUCUUUUCUUGUCUACCGUGUUCCCCAGACGGCAGAGGAAACAAGGCUGCGCUAAGUAUAGGGAUUGCCAUUGCUUUAAUAGCUGUAGUCGCAAUUCUGGCAGGUGUAGUAAUUUGCUGGCAGAGGAGACGUAGGUAAGUUUUCCUCUAAUCCCUUUUCAAAUGUUUGCGAUUUACAAAGAGCGGGACGCAAGUGGGGGCCAUCGCUAGCUCUGUGGCUUUCGGGGGAGAUUCCCAGAGUUUCCUUUGCUUUUUCCCUAUUGCAUUUAUUUAUUUAUUUCAUUUAUACCCACACCUUUUCCCCCCAAGGAGCCGAAGGUGGCAUACAUGGUUCUUCCAUAGCUGUCAACUUUUCCCUUUUCUUGCGAGGAAUCCUAUUCGGAAUAAGGGAAUUUCCCUUAAAAAAAGGGAAACAUUAACAGCUAUGGGUUCUUCCCCGUCCUCAUUUAAUCCCCACAACAACGCUGUGAGGUAGGUUAGACUGAGAGGCAGCGGCUGUGGCCAAGAGUCAACCAGCAGCGAGAUUGAUGGCUGAGUGGGGAUUUGAACCCAGCUCUCCAAAGUCCCUAGUCACACUCUAGCCACUGUAAACACACUGGCUCUUUACUUUGGAUCCAAAACUAGUGCUGGUACAGUGGUGCCCCGCAAGACGAAUGCCUCGCAAGACGGAAAACCCGCUAGACGAAAGGGUUUUCCGUUUUUGAGUUGCUUCGCAGGACGAAUUUCCCUAUGGGCUUGCUUCGCAAGACGAAAAUGUCUUGCAAGUCUUGAGAUUUUUUUUUCGCUUUCGCCGCCUUUAUCUAAUCUGCUAAGCCUUUAAUAGCCUUUAAUAGCCUUUUAGCAGCUAAUCCGCUAAGCCUUUAAGCCUUUAAUAGCCGCUAAACCGCUAAUAGCGCUAAUCCGUUAAGCCGCUAAUAGGGUUGCUUCGCAAGAGGAAAAAACCGCUAGACGAAGACUCUCGCGGAACGGAUUAAUUUCGUCUUGCGAGGCACCACUGUAUUGGUAUUUGCGGGUAGGGGGCAGAGAAAGAAUAACACACACACACACACACACACACACACACACCCCGCCAAGUUGUAGCUCAUCAGCUGCACAGAUGAAAGCAAACUCAGAGAGCCAUCUGAAAGUUACACCGUUGUUUGUUUGUUUGAAUUUAUAUACCGCCCUAGACCCGGAGGUCUCAGGGCAGUUCACAGAAAAGAUCACAAUAUAUAAAAUCAAAAUAAUAAUAACCCAAUGACACCCACCCCAAAGGAGCCACAUUUUAAAAGGGUAUAGGAUAUCCAUCAGAUCAAACCAAGACCUGGUUAAAAAGGAACAUUUUUGCCUGGUGCCUGAAGGUGUGAAGUGAAGGCGUCAGGCAACUUCCUUGGGGAGAGCAUUCCACAGGCGGGGAGCCACUGCCGAGAAGGCCCUGUUCUCGUGUUGCCACCCUCCGGACCUCUCGAGGAGGUGGCACACGGAAGGAGGGCCUCAGAAGAUAAUCUCAGGGUCUGGGUAGGUUCAUAUGAAAAGAGGUGAUCCUUGAGGUAUUGUGGUCCUGAGCCAUUUAAGGCUUUAUAAGUCAAAACCAGCACUUUGAAUUGGGCCUGGAAACUAAUUGGUAGCCAGUGCAGUUGGACCAGGAUCGGUGUAAUAUGCUCAAACCAUCUGGUCGCUGAAUUCUGCACUCCUCUGAAGUUUCUAAACUGUCUUCAGAGGCAGCCCUACAUAUAACGCAUUGCAGUUACUAUUAGCAGCUGGGCAGUCCGUCAGCAAAAAGCUGUCUAGCCUCUGGCCACUCCAACGAAGCCAUCACUAAGAAGUGCCCAGGACACAGUUAGGAUGAGGGAGCAGAAAUAUGAGGACAGAAAUCUGGCCUGAUUCUCAGUAGGUCACAGAGCAAGUAAGUUCACACCGCAUUCCAAUGUGGUUGCAAAUCACUGGGCCUUUGCCAUAUAACAAAUUGCAAGCACUCAAUUUCAGUGGUGAAACGUCAGCUACUAAGGUUGCUGAGCUGUGACUCCAGGGUUCCUAAAAGCAGGAAGUUGAGUGUGUCUCUUUGUGUUUGUGGGGGGUGGGUACUGGUUAGUGUCGAAUGUCUGAACCAUGCAUUUAAAUCUCACUGCUUCCUCCAAAUAAUCAUGGGAAGUCUACUUAGUUCAGGGUGCAGGGAAUUAUAGCUCGGUGGUGGUAAACUACAGUUCCCAUGAUUUUUUUGCCUGUGCGAUGGGAAGAGCCAUGCCUCCUAAAGUGUUAGGAGAACUGGGUUCGAAUCCUUGCUCAGCCAUGAAGUUUUUGGGUGACCUUGGGCCAGUUGUCAUCUCUCAGCCUAACCUACUUCACAGGGCUUUUGUGUGGUUAAAACGGGAGGAGGCAAAUCAUAAUAAUAAUUUUUUAUUUAUACCCCGCCCUUCCCGGUUCAAAAACUGGGCUCAGGGCGGCUAACAACAAAUUUAAAACAAUUGUAAAAGCAGCAUAAAACACAGUAUAAAAACAUGAAUAACAAUAAAAUUCAAAAUUCAGAAAUCAAUUUAGGGGAAAUAAGCAUUAGAUAAUCCCCAGGGAUAGCUGGCUGAAUUGGCCCUACUUGGGCCAGCGAGGAGGCCAGGGGAGAAUUAGCUGUGGGGUCUGAGAGUGGGUAAUCUUCAGAAAAGGGGAGGGGGAGGGAAGAGAAGGGAAGGGAAAUAAAAGAUCAGGCUGAAUUCAAAUUAAAGGCCAGGCGGAAUAGCUCUGUCUUACAGGCCCAACGGAAGGAGGUUAAAUCCUGAAGGGCCCUGGUCUCAUGGGACAGAGCAUUCCACCAGGUCGGAGCCAUCACUGAAAAGGCCCUGGCCCUGGCGGAGGAUAGUCAGACUACCUUAGGGCCCGGGACCUCUAAACUAUGGUUAUUCAUGGACCUUAAGGUCCUCUGCAGGGCAUACCAGGAGAGACGGUCCCGUAAAAAAGAACCACGGACGCUGCCUUGAGCUCCUUGAAGGAAAGGCAGGAUAAAAAUGUAGUGUGCCAUUGAACAGGCCCAGAUUUCUCCUCAGGAUGAGCGACUCUCCCCACAGAGUCUGAACGCCACAGUCAUGGUCUUUUCCUGAAAGGACAUUAUACCAAUUUUAAAAGAUAUUUAUUAAAGUUUCAGAUAAAAAGAAACACAUCAAUAAAAACAAAAAUUUAAAAUUAAAAAGAAAAAUACACAAUACCCAAUACACAAUACAAAAAGAAAAGAAAAAAGAAAAAAAACAGUUAAAAACAAUUCCAUCUUUUCAUCACUACUUUGAAUUUACUUAUUUUCUGGACCUCCUCAUACCUCCCUCUUUUGUAUUCCAAUCCAGUUUGUUUGUCCAGCAAUUCCUUUCCCUCCUUUUUAAUCCCAAUCCUUAAUCUCAAUAUAAUAUAACAUUAAAUUUUUACCUAUUAAUAGCCAAUUUUCCAUUCUUUUAACCUUUUUAAUCCUGAUCCUUAAUCUUGAUCUGUAUAUAACUUUAAAGCCUGUACAGCUAGAAACCCCUUAAUUUCAGUCCAUCAUCACUCUAACUUUCUUUAAUUUUGCAAUAUUUCUGUAGGUAAUCUUUGAAUUUCUUCCAAUCUUCUUCCACCGACUCUUCUCCCUGGUCACGGAUUCUUCCAGUCAUUUCCGCCAAUUCCAUAAAGUCCAUCAUUUUCAUCUGCCAUUCCUCCAGUGUGGGUAGAUCUUGUGUCUUCCAAUACUUUGCAAUGAGUAUUCUUGCUGUUGUUGUUGCAUACAUAAAGAAAGUUCUAUCCUUUUUUAACACCGUUUGGCCGACUAUGCCCAGGAGAAAGGCCUCUGGUUUCUUCAAGAAGGUAUAUUUAAAUACCUUUUUAAUUCAUUAUAUAUCAUUUCCCAGAAAGCCUUAAUCUUUGGGCACGUCCACCAUAUGUGAAAAAUGUACCUUCAAUUUCCUUACAUUUCCAACAUUUAUUAUCAGGCAAAUGAUAGAUUUUAGCAAGCUUGACUGGGGUUAUGUACCACCUGUAUAUCAUUUUCAUAAUAUUCUCUCUUAAGGCAUUACAUGCCGUAAAUUUCAUACCUGUGGUCCAUAACUGUUCCCAGUCAGCAAACAUAAUGUUAUGUCCGACGUCUUGAGCCCAUUUAAUCAUAGCAGAUUUCACCGUUUCGUCCUGAGUGUUCCAUUUCAGCAGCAAGUUAUACAUUCUUGACAAAUUCUUAGUUUUGGGUUCUAACAGUUCAGUUUCUAACUUUGAUUUUUCCACCUGGAAGCCAAUUUUCUUGUCCCAUUAUACCAAUUUUAAUUGGUUUCAGUAGGCAGUGGCAAAACUGAGUGGCAAACGCUAAUCUUUACAGCUAAAUUCUAGAUUACAACUUGCAGAGAUUAUUUUGAAGAUUUCUGUGCUUAGAGCCGCUGAAGCUCAUGCAGAUUGAGCCGUAAAUUCAUUCAUCACAAACUUGGGGGUCACGCCCCUUUCAUCCAUGUACAUCUCUGAUUGGCUUUGUUUUGAGAAGUGAAUCAGAAAAGGAAGUUUAAGAGAGUUGGAGCCACUGCCAAAAUCAAGGUUUGCUUGUGAAUACCAGAACGGGGAGGGGGUGGUGUUGCCUUCACAGGCAAUUUGUGGUUUUCCCCGAAGCAGCUGGCCAGCCAUUGUGAGGAAAGGAGACGCUGGCCUUUGGAAAUAACAACAACAACAACAACAACAAUAACAACAAUAAUAAUAAAUUUAUUUAUGCCCCGCCCAUCUGGCUGGGUUUCCCCAGCCACUCUGGGCGGCUUCCAACAAAACACUAAAAUAAAAUAACCCAUUAAACAUUAAAAGCUUCCCUAAACAGGGCUGCCUUCAGAUGUCUUCUAAAAGUCGGGUAGUUGUUUAUCUCUUUGACAUCUGGUGGGAGGGCGUUCCACAGGGCGGGCGCCACCACUGAGAAGGCCCUCUGCCUGGUUCCCCGUAACUUGGCUUCUCACAGUGAGGGAACCGCCAGAAGGCCCUCGGCGCUGGACCUCAGCGAUGUCAGGAUAACAGCCUAGUGCUUCUUUCCAGGAACAAGCCACUUAAUUUUCUCUUCUCAUUCCAGGAGCUAUGAAGACAUCCACUCAGCGGAAGGAACAUCACCAGUUGGAAGAUGAGGAAAAAAGAAAACCUCGCAGAACAGCAGAGAUGCUGUCACUAUCUCCUUCAGCAUAGAAAUGCUUCCGCUAUAGAGGUGGCAAACUCUGGAGAAAGCCUGCUUGGGGCCUUGGAGGGAUGUUGGCAGCGAUUGGACUCGAACUCGCAGCAACUCCAACCAGUACAGAGGGCACCAGGUUGGCAAAGCCUGGCAUAAGGCUGCAUCGUCUUUUCGGCACAAUUAGUCUUGCUGUAACGGCGAAAUUAUAACUUAAGGUUAUGUGAUCUUCAGUUGAUUGCCUCAAAGCAGUAUAUAAAUGCUUUAAAAUAAGUUGAUGAAUUUGUGCUCAGUGUGAGGUGCCAACAUUUUGUUACAGGGCCGGUUUAAGACUUUUUUCUUCGCCCAGGAAUUUGAUGGAUUUUGAGUCAACCGAGCAGUGGUGGCAUGUGAGUAUUGCUCUGGGUUGCAGAAUCCUGCCUCUCGCCCCGUGGUGGAAUAUAAUGUUUUAUGUAUAAGUUUUUAAAACUUGAUUGUGAACUACUUAGACUGCCUUAUGUCAAGCAGCUAUCAAAUUAAUUAGUAGUAAUACUAAUACAAUAUGUAUUUUCUAUGAACUAACUAGUCCAUGAGAGCUUAUGCUACCAUAGAUUUUACGGGUAAGAAUUUAUCUUAUGACAUUUUGUUGUUUUGCUGUGGCAGAUGCAGUUUCCAGAGGGCCGUUUUGCAAUUUUUGCAGCAGCUUAUAAGCUUCCGACAAAUUUACAUUUGACACUGUGAACAAUUCAGAUGUAUUUUUUUAAUAAUAAUUUUUAUUACAAUUUUUGUUUUACAAUUUCAAAUAAACAUUUUACUAACUUUGAAACAUCCAGCGACUUCCCUUCUUCUCUUUCCAUGGUUCGUUUUACAUAUCACACAUCCCUGCGUAUAUUACUAUUACUAUAACCAUUUCAAAUCAAUUUUCCACUUUUACAGCCAUCAAAAAUUAUUUACUCUGUUGAAUUUGUCUUAAUGCUGCCAGCGUUUUCAGCUGUACACAGUUAUUUUCCAUAUAUUCAAUAAAUGCUUUCCAAUCUUCUUUAAACGUAUGUUCUUCUUGCUCUCUUAUUCCAUAUGUUAAAUCUGUCAACUUAAGUUGCCCUCGCUCACUUUCCAUUUUGGGGCUAACAAAACACGGGCCGCAAUUGUUGCGUACAUGAAUAACCUUUCCUGGCACCUGGAACUUUCAUUCUGGUUUAUCCCCAGUAAAAAGGACUCUGGGGUUUUUUUUGGGGGGGGGGGAGUAAUUUUGAGAAAAUGUAAAUAAAAUAUUUUAAAGACUUGUAUUUUCAUCAUUAAAAAAAAUCUGUUUGAAGUACUAUGGUGUUGGAUGCCCUAAAUGUUUCUAGGCAGUUUUAAAAAUAUUUUUAUUUUAAAUUGUACUGUUUUAACAUCCGACGUUUGCCAUGCUGGGAUCCUUAAGGAGGAAGGGCAUCGCACAAAAUUUAAUAAAUAAAGCUCAUUUUUUAAAAAGGUUUUUUUAAAAAAAGGAGUUGGCAUUCUAUUCACACCAUGCGUUUUAAGUACUAUGGUACCAUUUUACACUGUCAUGGCUUCCCCCAAAGAAUUCUGGGAGCUGUAGUCUGUUGAGGGUUUCCUAACAAAAUGAGCACCCUUAUUUCCCUCACAGAACUGCAGUUGUCACAGUGGUAUAAUGAUCAAUUCCUCAAUCGAGAGGAAAGGGAAGGUUGUAUUUUUUAAAAAAGUAAAUGUGGAAGGAUAUU